AACAAACAGAGGUAUUACAUAAGUAAACGGGAGGAUGGAAGAAAAGAGAACAGCGAGUGGAGUAGCGGCCAUGGCAGCCUACUACCAGAGAUUUGAUCCCGCAGCAUAUCUACAGUAUAACUACACGCCACCACGGGCUGAUUUUGAAAGAAAGGACAGCAUUGUGCCAUGGAAACUGGCAUGCCUGCAUAGGGCUUUCAAUGAAGGCGAUGUGAGUGGAGAGCUGCUGGUGGACAUAGGUUCGGGUCCCACCCUGUACCAGGUGCUGAGUGGCUGUGAGGUUUUCAGCAAGGUGCUCCUCACAGACUUCCUGGAGGUCAACAGGGAGGAGCUGAAGCACUGGCUCCAAGAUGAUGGAGGCUGCAACCUGGACUGGACUCCGUACCUGCAGCACGUCUGCAAGCUGGAGGGACGACGCAGGCCCUCAGCAUGGACAGAGAAAGCUGCUAAGCUACGUCAGGUCAUCACCGACAUCCUCCCCAUUGACGUGCACCGCCCUCAGCCUCUGGCCCAUGAUGCCCUUCCUUCAGCAGGUGCCGACUGCCUCGUGUCCUGCUUCUGUUUGGAGAGCGUCAGCCCUGAUUUGGCUGCUUUCACCAGGGCCUUGGGCCACAUUGGUAGGCUUCUGCGGCCUGGUGGCCACCUCCUGCUCAUCGGAGCCCUGGGAGAGAGUUACUAUUUUGGAGGGCCUGGCGUAAAGAUCCCUGUGGUCCCACUGACUGAGGCCCAGGUCUGUGAUAGUUUGAAGGAGAGCGGCUACACCCUGAUCAGGCUGGAGGUUUACACACUGCCUCAGGACAUGAGGGUGGGGGUCGAUGAUGUGACUGGGGUGUUUUUUGCGAAGGCAAGAAAGGAUUAAAAGAUAAAGAGGGAGAAAAGGCAAAGGGUGAAGGGUAUUAAAGUUAAAAGCGAAGAAAUAGCUAUCCAGAUGAAAGUAUUAUAGAUUAAGCCGAGGUAAAUGCAUGCUUAAGCACAGCAAACAAUUGUUGGUAAUGCUUUUAUAUUUUUUUACCAAUCAUUUUUUAUUAUUGGUAAAAAUAAUACCCACCAAUAUUUUUAUUUUUUGUUUUGUUUUGGGCUAGAAGAUGCUUUGUGAUACUCAAUAAUUUUGCUAAUAUUGCUGAUUCUCGUAGGAAAAGAUUAUUAGAUGUGUUUUCUGAGGGUGAAUAGUACUGACAUUCCCUUUUGUUGCCAGAGGAGCUCUCAGUGUUAGAAAUGUAAUCACACAUUGCCUCCUGCAGUUCAAACACAGCAACUACAGCAUCAAGAAUGUAAUGCUUCAAUUUUUGGUUUUCAGCACAUCAUAUAAAAUCAUAACAUAGCAAUUUCCCAGCCGUUUAUAAACAGUAUAUUUUGAUAUACUAUAUACUUCUUUUCAAUUAACUGUUAUUCAAUUAAGAGGUUGAUGAGUGGCCUAUUGUGUUUUGUAAUUUGUGAUAAAGUGAAUAAAGAAGCAAGGCUAAAACAA